CACAAUCAAUAAAUCCAUUUUGACAUGACUGCAUGAAACAUCAAUAUUUGUGUUUACUAACAUUCGAUUUAUUUUAAUUAUGUUAAGAAAUUAAGAGAUAAACAAAAAUUUUGUAGCAGAAUGACUAGAACCAGCCACAAGAAAAACCGUCCGUUCGAUUUUAAGUUAAUAUCACUGGUACAACCACAUCCAGUACUAUAUCACCGGCACUGGGGUGGCCUUUCAACAUUUGAAUGCAUGAAGGAGAAAAAUCGCAUAUGGAAUGCAAUUGCUUCGGAAAUGGGAACAAGCUCUGAUUUCUGUCUUAGUCGUUGGAAUAAUUUGCGAAACCAUUUCCAGCGAGAGCUGCGCCAUUGUCACGAGUUAUGUCCCAAAGAAGGUACAAUUCGAGGAUCUACUUGGCCUUACCUUGAAAGUAUGCGAUUUCUUGAAAGAAUUGUCCGCUUCAACAAACCUAUAAAAGGUUUAUGUUAUAACAAACGUGAAAGAAAACGUUUGGAUUCUAAGAUCUUGGAAGCAAGUGAGGAAACUAUAUCGGGAUCUUCAUCAUAUAACAACUACCCAUAUAAUGAAGCCUAUAUCGAAUACGAAGAACUUACAAAUUCGAGUUUCGGGAAAAGGGAAUGCGCUGCUUUGCAGAAUGAAGAUGAAAUAAUUCAUGAACGGAUGUUAAACUAUGAGCAAAUGGCAAAGUUAUUUAACAAAAUUCCCAGCGAUUUGAAAGUACAUGUCGAACGACGUAUUAUGACUUACUUAUGUAAGUGUCAACUGCGCGCAAUAGCCAGUGAAGAUAUUUAUAUUCUCAAAUACAUUUGAAUACAUUAAUGAAUUACAAUAAAUUUAUAAUGAAUAAUUCAUGUUUAUGUAGCAGUAAGGUUUGAAAAAAUAAACUUAUGUUAAUGGCAGCUAAACAGAUACUUUGU